AAAAAUGAUAAAACAUGUAAAAAAUAUUAAUCCUUUUUAGAUAAAACUAUAUUAAAAAUAAUCACGUCACCAAAUAAUUGAUGAAAACAUGAAGGUCUACAGUAGCCUCAGCAGCAUUCUGUAGGGUAGCACCAUGGUGUAGCCUGGAGAACAGCGAGUUUCCGUUUCUCCUCUGAGUAAUUUGACUUCAAUACAAACCUACGAGGUUUUGGAAACGUUUUUUUUCACCUGGUCACAUACAGCUGAUGUGUUGUGCAUUGAAGUCCAGAAGCGAAGGGAAAAGGUGAGAGGAGGAGAGAAGGAAUACAACGUGGCUGUAAUGAAAGUGAACUGUGUUUACACAUGAUCAGGGGUGUAUUCAUUCCGACGAUUCUGUUGAAAAACAUUUCUUAAACGGAACAAAACAGGUAUAAACAUACCUGAAUUUGUUUUUAAAAACUCUCGUUUGCAACUGCUGGACUAAUGAUUACAUCCUGGAUCAGUAGGCGAGAGUGGUAUUGAAUGUGUCACUGUCUGUCACCUUAAAUUUUUCUCUCAACCUGUGUGCACCUGUAAACUUUAAUUCAUAGACUAGGUUGUAGCUACCUCAUGAUGGGUAUAGGGAAAAUGUUAGUAUCAUGUAGUAGUCCAAACCUAUCACUGUUACAUUGAACAGGGUGAAUGGAAUAUGAAUGACAGUCAUCCAACAUGCUGUAGUAGAAAUAAGGCCAUGCCCAUGAAAAACAAAAUGGUCCUCCCUCAUCUUAAACGGCACUGACCGCCACUGUUACGGCCACUGUUACGGUGGUGGACCAUUCUUGGAACACAUGGGAAACUGUUGAGUUGGAAAAACAAAUCACAAAUCGGUGCGCCUGGAACCUACUACCAUACCCCGUUCAAAGGCACUUAAAUAUUUAGUCUUCCCAAUUCACCCUCUGAAUGGUACUCAGACACAAUCCAUGUCUCAUUUGUCUCAAGGCUUAACAAUCCUUCUUUAACCGGCCUCCUCCCUUCAUCUACACGGAUUGAAGUGGAUUUAACUAGUGACAUCAGUAAGGGAUCAUAGCUUUCACCUGGAUUCACCUGGUCAGUCUAUGUCAUGGAAGGGGCAGGUGUUCUUAAUGUUUUCUAGACUCAGUGUAUCGCACUACAGAUGAUCAAGUGCUAUUUGCAUGUGAUGCAUUUGCUCUGUUGUUUACAGGAUGAUUUGUAUCUUAUAGAGCGUGGCUUUAAGGGAAGAGUAUGGUCACAUGUAGACAAAAAUGUUGUGAAAAAUGAACAGAGUAAAUGUGUAUAAACACACUACCUAUUCAUAGAAGUAUUUAUGCAUCAUCUACAUAUUCAUAUUGAGCUUCUACGUCUGUGUACAGGAACGUAUUAUUUGGAAGAGAAAAUGUAUCAGCUUAUUAUUCAAUAAUUAUGACGUUCUUUCCAAUACAAAAAGUGUUGUAACUAUUGUUUCCAAACUGCGUUACCCACUCCAGCCAGCAGAUGGCGAUGGGCGUCUUUCAGUUGACUCUUCUUUCGUGACGUAUAAUGGACUGGACGGACGCUUCUUCAGGAACAACAAGGCGCCAACUCUUUCGACCACGUCGGUAGCUUGCUAGCCAACAUAAAAGUGAAAGAUUGACGCUUUAGACCAUCUUAAUGUUCAUGAUCUAAUCUCAGUGUUUUAAACACAGUUCUGUUGACGUAUUAACUGGUUAACUGUAACCUAAUUUGCAAACUUGUUAAAGAUUUAUGCUGAGCCAGGAACGAGGCUAGUCGCUAAUGCUAACUAGCUAGCUAACAUCCCUGACCAUGAGUUCAUUAAAGUACUCAUCCCCUGCUAUAGAUGAGGUCUGCUGUUUUAAUGUACAUUAGCUAACCUCAGUGUUUUAAACAAGUUUCGUUUGACGUAUCAACUGGUUUAAUUUGCAAACGUGUUAAAGAUUGAUACUGAGCCUAGCACUAGGCUACACGCUAAUGCUAGCUAGCUAGAUAACAUCCCUGACCAUGAGCUCACUAAACUACUCCUCCCUUGCUAAUGAAGAGGGGGUCUGCUGUUUGGAGAAAGAAUCUUUCAGAAUGAAAAAGGAGGAAGAGGAGGCUGUUAUAGUGAAAGAAGAGAAAGAACCGUUUAGAGAGGAAGAUGAUGCUAUCUCAAUAAAGGUGAAGGAGGAAGACGUUUUGGGAGUGAGAGGAAAAGAGGAAGAGACAGAAUAUCAGAUUAACACCAGAGAGAGACAUGACUAUCGUGGAUCCUCUGGGGAGCCUCAACAACAUCCUGAUGCUGACGAGGCAGUGAAGAGUCUCUCCAGAUCAGAACACCAGAUGGACAACGCUAGCACUUCCUCCCUCCCGGAGUCCUCGUGUCGUGCCUCUCCCGGUAGCACCUUACUGCUGGGUAUGAAGAGGUUGUCUGUGCUGCUGGUGGACUGCAGGAAAACAACGGGGCUGAGUGGAACUGUGAGAGGAGGAGAAGAGAAUAAAGGAUCAGAUUUGACUCAUCAAAGAGAAAGACCAGACUCGGAGGAACCAAAGCCAGGGACGUCCAAACUAGCAAGACGACACCAGUGCUCCCACUGUGGAAAGAGUUGUAACCAGAAAGCACAACUGAAAGCUCAUGAGAGAAUACACACAGGAGAGAAGCCUUACCACUGCUCCCAAUGUGAAAAGUGUUUCAACCAUUCCGGAUGCUGAAAGAACAUGAGAGAAUACACACAGGAGAGAAACCGUACCACUGCUCCCAAUGUGGAAAGUUUUUCACCCUGAGAGGACACCUGAAACAACACGAGAAAAUACACACAGGAGAGAAGCCUUAGCACUGCUCCCAAUGUGGAAAGUGUUUCGUCCGUUUGGGGUACCUGAAACAACAUGAGAGAAUACACACAGGAGAGAAGCCUUACCACUGCUCCCAAUGUGGAAAGUGUUUACACCAGUCAGGGGAGCUGAAACGGCAUGAGAGAAUACACACGGGAGAGAAGCCUUACCACUGCUCCCAGUGUGGAAAGAGUGUCAACCGGAAAGAGAACCUGAAAGCUCACGAGAGAAUACACACAGGGCAGAAGCCUUACCACUCCUCCCAGGGUGCAAAGCUUUUGCCCAUUUAGGAAGCCUGAAAGAACACAUUAGACUGCACACAGAGGAGAAGGCUUAGAAAAGCUCAAACUGUGGGAAAACAUAUUACUCAUAACAGUCAUUAAAACGUCAUUAGAGAAUCCACACAGGAGAGAUAAAUUAAUUAUCUUAGCGUGUAUGUUGAUAUUUCACAUCACAUGGACUUAAAAUUCAUCAGAGAACAUACACAGUGCUCCCGUUGUCUUAUAUUGUUGACUGACAAUGUGUUUACCUGUCUUUACCAUAUGAAAUUAAAUGGUACAGGGUAUACUCAAA